AUGAAGACUUCCAUCUCAUCAGACGUAUGGGAAAAGAAGAAAGCCUUGAUCGCAAAGUUGUAUAUGGAAGAAGAAUGGCCAUUGAAACAGGUCAUCAAACAGAUUCGUUCCGAUGAUUUCAACCCAAGUGAAACCCAACUACGAAGCAGACUGAAGAAAUGGCGAGUAACAAAGCCAUCUCGUCAAAGUAGAAAGAAGAGCCACGCUUCUUCAAGCGACGAGCCAGAAGACAUGAAGCGAAAGCCUUCAAUCCAAAGACCACUCCCUUCAUUGCAAAGAGAACCCCGUCACGACUGGCCCGUUCAAUCCAUCUACGGCCUUCCAGAAGACAGGAAAUGGUCUUCCCCAAUGGUCCAACAACUCACCCCAAGUCCCUCCGGCGAGCACGUCGUCGCCGCAGACCGCUCCAUCUACCCAGACCAAAGCCCAACAACCACCUCUUUCGAGCAACCUGGUCACACCUCUCCCGUCGGUGAAGGUCUCAUUCUCAACACUUCCUCAGUAGCCCCAUACAGCAAUUCCGCCUACCCACUUUCACCAGAAUCCUGUCUCCCCAGCCCCGGCACGACAACUGCCGGCAUCGCCUGGCCCCCUCGCUCCGUCUCCGCUGAUUACGGCCUCAACCCGGCUCAGUGGUACUCGUUGCCUUUUGAGGCCAUCACCCCUCCUUCUGGUGUGCAGGGGUCCGCUGCUCCCAUGAACCCUUCAAUCAAUGGUUACCUUCCUCUUGGACAGGGUUACCAGACUCAGUACCCUUACCCAGACGGAGAGUACCAUUAUGACAAGAACUGGCGUCGGGCUAUGUCCUUGCAAUAUGACAUGCAUGGUCAUCCGGUUCCUGGUCGGGAAGACAGGAAGAUGCAUCCUAUGGUGUCUUCUUCAACUCAGUCUGGUUCUCGUCCUGUGAUGUGUGCUCCUAUCAUGCCUUAUAUGGGUCAUAACUAUGAUCAGAAACCUCCUGGCAUUGGCUAUUAA